AUGUACUACAAGUUUAGCGGCUUCACGCACAAGUUGGCUGGAGCUUGGGCCUUGGAAUCCUAUAGUCCGCAGGGGUUAAAGCCAGUGGCUUCCACAGAAGCACCGCCUAUUGUAUUUGCCACACCGACUAAACUGACCUCCAGUGUGACAGCAUAUGUCUAUGCUGGGAAGAACAAAGUUCCAGAGCUACAGAAAUUCUUCCAGAAUUUCUUCCACCUAAAACGAGGCCUUCCAGACCAAAUGCUUUACCGGACCCCCAUGGCGCUGACUGUGGGAGGGACCAUCUACUGCCUGAGUGCCCUCUACAUGGCUUCCCAGACCCCAAAUAAAUGA